UGAAUUCUUAAAAUUUCCUUCAAACAGCACUUACUAGAUUUAAAAUGGCUGCCAUAAAUGACAGAGUAAAUUCAGAUCAAGUAGUUACGAUUUUACAAAGUUUAAAUUAUAAUCAGUCAUAGAUCAAUUCAAUUGUUUCAUAAAUAACAUCAGAAAUAGGUAUCAGCAUUAUCUAAAUAGACAUUAAUUAGUUUUAAUAAUUACUCUAACCCAUAGAAUAAGAAAUUCCAAUUUAAAAGCUAACAUCCGAAUAAAUCUAUGCAAUAUAUGCAGAAUUUAGAUAAGCUUUGCAUUUUUAGAACAUAGAAAAGGUGAAAUAAAUAUUAAGUAUGCAAAAUGUUUCUAUUUUACUUAGCAACUUAUCAAAAAGAUAUUGAUUUAGUGAAUCGAAUUGAUCCAUAGACUCGAUAAAUAUCAACAUUUAUAGCAAUUUAAGGUUCAGAUGAAGAUAUUUCAUUGCAAUUAUUAAAGUACUUAUGUGAAUUAGGAGCAAAUAUUAAUUAUAAAGACAACCUAAAAUAAUCCAUCCUUUUUUAUGUUUGUCGAGAUGGAAGGACAAAAUUAUUUGAUUAUUUAGUAUCAUAAGGAAUCAAUAUUUCUGAUACAGAUUCAUAUGGACAAACUCCUUUGUUUUAUUCUUCUAGAGAAAAUAGAGUAGAUAUUAUUUCUAGGUGAUAUUAUUUUAAUUCUUUAGAUUUAUUAAAUUAGGUUCUGAUGUAGCACAUUUAGAUACAUUAUCAUGUUAAACAGCAUUAUUUUAUGCUGCAAGUAAAGGACAUUAUGAAGCUUGUAAAUUAUUGAUAGAUGUAUAAAUAGUUAUAAAAUUAGGCGGGAUGUCCAGUCAAUCAUUAAGAUAAUAAAAAGAAAACAGCUUUAUAUUUUGCAAAGUAAUCUUAAAAAAAAGAAGUUAUUGAUUUAAUUACUGCUAGUAUGCAAAAACAAAAAGAAGAUGUUCAUUAAAAAAAAGAGGAAAGUGUAAAAGGAGGAGAGUAAAAAUAAAAUAAAAAAAAGCAAAAAGAGAUUCCAAAAUAAUAAUAUAAAAUUUUACAUACAGAUGAUAAAGGAUAACAAAGAGAGUUAACAAAUGAAGAUUUUUAACAAUUUUAAAAUUAAUAUCCUGAAAUUGCAUCACUUAUUUUAAAUGCAGAUGAUUUUAUAGAUGAAAAUAUGAUAAAUUAAUGCAAAGAAGAUGAAACUUGGGAAAAAUAGGCUAAAAAAAUAAUAGGUAUAAAAUUAAUUUAUAUGAAAUAAAGCAUUAAUUUGGAAAGCAAAAGGAGCCUACUUUUUUCAUAAACCAGUCGAUUAGAAAGAAUUUCAUAUUACUGAUUAUUUUGAUAUUGUUAAAAAACCUAUGGAUUUUGGAACAAUAAAAGUAAAAAUAAUAAAAAAUUAAUAGAAUAAAUUAAAUGUGAAUGCUUAUAAAAAUUUUAGAGAGUUUCAUACAGAUAUGAUCUUAGUAUUUGAUAAUUGUGGACUUUAUAACGGAACAUAAAGUGCUAUAGGAUAAAUUGGAGUUAACAUUAGAAAUGAGUAUCUAAGCUUAAUUGAAUAGAAUGGGUUAAAUAAAUAUUUGUGAAUUAUUUUUACAUGUUUGGGUAUUAAAAUUUUUAAAGGG